ACAGAGAAAAAGAAAAAGAAAUUCCAAAUUUCCACAAAAUAAUUUUUAAAAUUUAUUUAUAUUUGGAUUUCAAAAUUUUUCUUCGAAGGCGCAAGAAAACUGUGCUGUGACAGGUCUGAGGAUUCACUGGAGCAAAAGUUUUAUGACACGGCUGUGGGGAACGGUGCUGUGCAUACAUAAGAGACAAAUUUGUCUGCUUCCUGUGGAGCCAGACUCUGAUAUCUCUCGUUCUCUCUAGAGAUGGGAAACUUGUACACUAAAGUUUGGUCCAAUAAAAAGAAAGAGUCCAAAAUGUAUGUGAAACCGGUGUCGAAGGAAACUGUGUUGAAAGCUGUGGAGGACAUACAAAAUCUCACACCCGAGCAAGUGGAGGCGCAAUUCGAGAACGUCUGUCGUGAAUCUCAGAAAGAGCUGAACGGCCUAACGCACAAUCCUUGUGGUCGUCUGUCGCUGCGCAUCAAGCAUUGUUUAGAUGAAAAUGUUCAGCAAAUGUCGAAGUGCUUCGCCGAGAUGGAUGCUUAUAAAAGUUGUGUCAAUGAUAUGGUGUCCAAGAAGAUAGCGCGUGUAAUUGGGUCGUUGGACAAUAUCGACAAGGAGGUCGAGUUGGAGGGCAAGCAAAGUGAUAGAGAGCUAAGUCGAAAGCCGCCACGGCAAGGGGAAGAGGGCAGGAAUAGCUGUGCAUAAAAUUUCGUAGAGUGAGGGAAUGAAAUCUGGAUAUUUGAAGAUGUGUUUAUUUUGUCCAUUUGGUUUUUUAUUUUUUAUUCCUAUUUUUGCAAAAAACCUUCUUUUUAUUUAA